UUUGACACGAUAAUGCCCAGAGCUGGAUUGAAUCAACUAAUAGCUAAUAAAGCUUUAGCUAAAAGUGGGGAGGGUACCGCUGGUCGUGCUGUCCCCACCGACGACGAUACUGACUUAUUGGAGCAAUGGUGUGAAAAUCCUUACGAGCCAGUAGGAGACCCGGUCCGCUGGUUAUUAUGCACGCUUCGUGAUGUAUUCACUUCCGAUGAUGAUAGUGAUUCUGAUGAAAGUGAUAGUAGCACUGAGAGUAAUGAAAGCAAUAGUACCACCGAAAGCAAUUCAGAAACUAGCGGUAGUACCACAAAUAAUGAUACAAGCACAACUGGAAAUGCAACUGGAACUAAUGACAAUCAAGGUGAAGUUACUACUACUGUUAGUCCAGAUGGCAAUAGUGGAACCGAGGCCAGUGCAGCUUAAGAUAGCGAUCCUUAAGACAGUGAAGCCGCGUCUAAUCAUAAUGCUGUUCCUAGUAUGGUAAGAAAUGAAAUUGGAAUAUUUAAAUGAAACUUAUGGGUAAUGUAAUAGAAUUGUAAUUUAU